AUGAUGACGCGUGUGGUUUCGGGUGCCACUCUGGUUGCUUGCAUGUUGGGCGCUUCGGCCUCGAGUGUGGCAGCGCCAGGCUGCACGUGCAUCUCGCACGGCCAGAUGACGGAGAUGGUCGGUGGCAUGAAAAAAGUUGAGGCCAGCGUCGGGGGAAGCGAUGUCAUGUACCCUGCAAGUUAUGGCAACUAUUGCGGCAAGCAGUCGGAGCCUGGUGCUUCCGCAUGCUUCAACCUCACUAGUGGUGAGGAGCUUCCAGCAUCUGAGCAGGCAGGCUGGUGCAACGACCCAUGGUGUUACGUGGAUCCUUGCACCUGUCCUGUGGCCGAUCUCGCGCUUACGAGCUACUUCCCGGGCUCCAAGCUUUACUACUCUUACUCGAAUUGCGGUGGGGUGGACACCUUCUCUAGCAGCAGCAGUUUGAAUGUUGAUGCUGGUUGUGCCGCGAACUAUACCCCUGUCACAACAGGCACCUGCCUGUUGAAGAUGUCCAAUGGCCAGUCGAAGGUCGACUGCACCGCAGCCUUUGCCAAGGAGGGCAAGUGCGUGAUGGCCACGCCCGGAGGUCCGAACACGACGGCUACUCAGUAUCCGCCCACCUACGGUGAGGGAUGUGGGGUGCACCUUGAGCCAGGGUCAUCAUCAUGCUCCGAUUCAAGUGGCAAUCCUUUACCACAAAACGAAAGUGCAGGUUGGUGCACCGACCCUUGGUCCUACGUGAACCCCUGCGAAUGUACGGCCAGUGACAUGGCCCGCUCAACGUACUUUGGCCUCGAGCUCUACUACAGCUACAGCGUGUGUGGUGCCACGGACACGUACACUGAGAACCCAUCCGCUGUGACCAUCACUGACAGUGUGGGAUGUCCCAGCCCACCACCGCCAGCGAUCAGCCCUAUGAACUGGCCAUUCACAAGUGCCCUGCAGGAAGGCUGCGAGUGCGUCCCUUUGGCCGAUAUGUACUUGAUGAGCUCCACAGAUGCCUCCUGCGCGCAGGGAACUGGCAAGUGUGCGAACGCCAGCAGCGGCAUGCUCACGGCAAACUAUGGUGGCAGCUGCGGAAUCCAUGCAGAGCUCUUCAGCUCAAGCUGCUAUGACCAGGACACAGGCAAGAUGUGGGCAGACCAGUGUGAGGAGGGGUGGAGUGUUGGGUGCCGAGCAGCUUGGUGUGACAGGCCUUGGUGUUACGUGAAUCCUUGCACAUGCAGCUCGGUGUCAGACAUCGCGGCGAGCCAAUACUUUCCAGGGUCGACGCUCUACUACUCCUACGCGAACUGCAAGUCGAUCGACACUUUCACUCCAGGCGGCAGUUCCGUGGACAUUGCGUCCAUCUGCCCCACAACCAGCGCCGGCCCGGCGACGACCAGCAGCGCUGGAACUGUGGGAGCAUGGGCCUUCCUCACUGCGGCUUUGAUGAACUUCAUGACGCUUCUGGCUUGCUGA